CUCUGGAUGCUCGGAGCGCACGCAGACGCGGAGACGCGCCGGGGCUUCGACUUUUGUUAUAUGUGGAAAAUCGAUAAUGACUUGUUAACGACAGGGCACUUGUAGCCGUCCUCGGUGAAAGUGUAAGAAUUUAAAAAAAAAAGAGAUUUUACAGAAGACUCACAUCAGCCGUUUCCUCCAGCUCCACAUUCCAGCGCACGGAGGGACUAUGAAGGCGAAAAACCGCGACCAAAGCUUGUCGGACUCCAGAGAGCUGGACGGAUCCUACGACCAGCUGACGGGGAAUCCUUCCACCAACCAAAGCAAAAAAACCAUAAAGCAGCGAUUCCUCAAGCUGCUGCCGUGCUGCAACCCCACGACUGCCCCCUCAAUCAGUCAAAACAGCGUAGAAGAUGACUUUGAGUUAUCCACCGUGUGCCAUCGCCCUGAAAGCAUGGACAAGCUGCAGGAGCAGACCAAGUUCACCAAGAAGGAGCUGCAAGUCCUCUACAGGGGCUUCAAAAAUGAGUGUCCGAGCGGUGUGGUGAACGAGGAGAAUUUUAAGAACAUUUACUCCCAGUUCUUUCCUCAGGGAGAUUCAAGUAUGUAUGCACAUUUUCUGUUUGAAGCCUUCGACACUAAUAAGAACGGCUCCGUUAGUUUCGAGGACUUUGUAUUCGGUCUGUCUAUCAUCCUGAGAGGGACCAUUAACGACCGGCUAAACUGGGCGUUCAACCUUUAUGACCUGAACAAGGACGGCUGCAUCACUAAAGAGGAGAUGUUAGACAUCAUGAAGUCCAUCUAUGACAUGAUGGGGAAGUACACAUACCCCACGAUGCAGGACGAUGCCCCAAGGGAACACGUGGAGAGCUUCUUUCAGAAAAUGGACCGGAAUAAAGAUGGGGUGGUCACCAUAGAGGAGUUUAUCGAAUCAUGCAAAAAGGACGAGAACAUCAUGCAGUCCAUGCAGCUGUUUGACAACGUCAUCUAAAACUCUGAGCCUGUGAGGACACUGGCACCCAGGAGGGCACUGAGUGUGAAAGAGGAAUCCAGACUGAACAUGAAAGAGAGUAUGUGAGUGUAUGUGUGUGUGUGUGAGUGUGUGUGUGUGAGCGUGUGGUCAUUUUGAGUUGCGAGCUUGCGUCUAUCCUGAGAGCUGUGAAUUGGGCGGGAAACAGAGAGGUCCUCGCCCUCCUCCUGGACUCCCCAGUGGCAUUUCUCCAAGCAACGCUGGAGCUUCCCCGACUCCCAUCCUCAUCAUGCAGAACCUUAGUUUUAUCCCGGAGAUGCAGACAAAGGCGAGCAGUAGGCUCACGGUCACCGGCACAUUCAGCACGCCCCACCUGUUUUCGUUUCGGAUUUGCUACGGUUCCU